UGGGAGUCAGGUGUCCAGGCUGAGAGAGGAACGUGCUUCCCGGUUGCUAUUUUUAAACGUUUGAACAGUGUACGGACACUGGUAGCUUGUAAGAUGGAAGUUCUUCCCUGAAGGCAGAAGCUCUGGUUCUGAUCAGCUGUUAGCUCUGCAGAAUCCAGGUCAUUGCUCCUGUGGAGAACUGCUUCCAUAAGAGCCUUUUGCAAAGCAGGCAGAAAUCGCUCAGUCCUUUGCCCUCCUCUCUGAAAGCUUCAUGGGAAAGCAGUUUUGUUUUGUUAACUGUGCUAACAAGGUCUUAGAAUCUCCUCCUGCUGAAUGGAUAGUGUUAGUACAUCAUCCACCCAAGAGAAAGGUUUGUUUUCUGGAGCUCUUGGACUCUCCUAUCACUAAGGAGAUGCAAUUAAUAAUGCAUAUGGAUUAGAAGAAGCGAUUGUUGAUGAGCAAAACAGCAGUCAAGAAAGCAGGCAGACUGGAAGGGGACAGCUGCCAACGUACCAAGGAGGGCCAGUGGCUCAGCUGGAAGCAUGGAGGAAAGGAUUAAUGAGAAGAUAAACCAGGCUCAUGUCCUCUUUGACCGAUUUGUCCAGGCCUCAACCUGCAAAGGGACUCUCAAAGCCUUCCAGGAGCUCUGUGAUUAUCUAGAGCUGAAGCCCAGGGACUAUCGUACUUUCUAUCACAAACUCAAGUCAAAGCUUAAUUACUGGAAAGCCAAAGCCCUUUGGGCCAAGUUGGAUAAGAGAGGCUGCCACAAAGACUACAAGAAGGGGAAAGUAUGCGCCAACACGAAGUGUCUCAUCAUUGGGGCUGGACCCUGCGGCCUUCGAACAGCCAUUGACCUCUCCUUUCUUGGAGCAAAGGUGGUGGUGGUAGAAAAGCGUGAUGCCUUCUCCCGCAACAAUGUUCUGCACCUGUGGCCAUUUACUAUCCAUGACUUGCGGGGCCUUGGCGCCAAAAAGUUCUACGGCAAAUUCUGUGCUGGAGCCAUCGACCAUAUCAGUAUUCGUCAGCUCCAGCUGAUACUUUUGAAGGUCUCCUUAAUCCUGGGUGUUGAGAUCCAUGUCAAUGUGGAGUUCCAGGGGCUUCUUUAUCCUCCUGAGGACCAGGAGAAUGAGCGGAUAGGCUGGCGGGCACAAGUCCACCCGAAAACGCAUCCUGUGUCAGAAUACGAGUUUGAUGUGAUCAUCGGAGGAGAUGGAAGGCGGAACACUUUGGAAGGGUUUCGCCGAAAAGAGUUCCGUGGCAAGCUGGCGAUUGCCAUCACAGCAAACUUCAUCAACCGCAAUACCACAGCGGAAGCCAAAGUUGAAGAGAUCAGUGGUGUGGCCUUCAUAUUCAACCAGAAAUUCUUCCAGGAUCUUCGAGAAGCUACAGGCAUUGAUCUGGAGAAUAUUGUCUACUACAAAGAUGACACCCACUAUUUUGUCAUGACUGCCAAAAAGCAGAGCUUACUGGAUAAAGGAGUAAUAUUACAUGACUAUGCCGACACAGAACUACUACUUUCACGAGAGAAUGUGGACCAGGAGGCUUUGCUCAACUACGCCAGGGAAGCUGCCGACUUCUCAACCAAUCAGCAGCUGCCAUCACUUGACUUCGCCAUUAACCACUAUGGACAGCCUGAUGUGGCCAUGUUUGACUUCACGUGCAUGUAUGCCUCAGAGAACGCAGCCAUGGUUCGAGAGGUGAAUGGCCACCAGCUGCUGGUUGCAUUGGUUGGAGACAGUCUAUUAGAGCCAUUCUGGCCAAUGGGAACUGGAAUAGCCAGGGGCUUUCUUGCUGCCAUGGAUUCUGCCUGGAUGGUACGAAGCUGGUCACUGGGAACAAGCCCUUUGGAGGUCCUUGCAGAGAGAGAGAGUAUCUAUAGGUUGCUGCCUCAGACAACCCCUGAGAAUGUGAGCAAGAACUUUAGCCAGUACUGCAUUGAUCCUGUCACUCGGUAUCCAAACAUCAACGUCAACUUCCUACGGCCAAACCAGGUACGCCAUUUGUAUGAUACAGGUGACUUGAAAGAUAUUCACCUGGAGAUAGAGAACUUGGUGAACUCCAGGACCCCAAAGUUGUCACGGAAUGAGUCGGUGGCUCGCUCUAGCAAACUACUGGGCUGGUGUCAGAGGCAGACGGAUGGAUAUUCUGGUGUUAAUGUAACGGAUCUUACAAUGUCUUGGAAGAGUGGCCUAGCACUGUGUGCCAUUAUCCAUCGAUAUCGCCCUGACCUCAUAGACUUUGAUUCUCUAGACGAACACAAUGUAGAAAAGAAUAACCAGCUGGCAUUUGAUAUCGCUGAGAAGGAGUUUGGAAUCUCUCCCAUCAUGACUGGCAAAGAUAUGGCAUCAGUUGGUGAACCAGACAAGCUGUCCAUGGUCAUGUAUCUCAGCCAGUUCUACGAGAUGUUCAAGGACUCCCUCCCUUCUAGUGACAAUCUGGAAUUGAAUGCAGAAGAAAAAGCUGCGUUAAUUGCUAGCACCAAAUCUCCCAUUUCCUUCUUCAGCAAAUUGGGGCAAAGCAUCUCUCGGAAACGAACACCAAAGGAUAAAAAAGAGAAAGAUCUGGAUGGUGCAGGGAAGAGGAGGAAAACAAGCCAGUCAGAGGAUGAGGACACUUCCCGAAGCUACCGAGAAGAGAGGCCCACCCUGGUAAGCGCCCUGACAGAGAGAAGAAUCGAUGCUGCUAUUGGGAAUCAGAAUAAAGUGAAAUCCAUGGCAACACAGCUGCUGGCCAAAUUUGAGGAGAAUGCCCCUGUGCAGUCCACAGGCAUCCGAAGACAGUCUGCCCAGCCUUAUCAAGACCGUGCUCUCAGCCAGCCAGCCUACCGACCGCGAGAGCAGGGCCGCCUUGCCCAAAUACCUCAGUGGAAACAGAUGAGGAAAAAGGAGCGUUCUCGGACCUGCCCCAAAAAAGUGAUCAUGCUCUCCUCUUCCUCCACUUGCACUUCUCCAUCGUACCCCAGUCAUCAGACAAACAGGGAUCCUCAUGCAGUCCCGGCUGGAGAACAGAGUCCUAGCCAGCAACGGAGAUCCCGGCAGUUCUUUUCAGAUGACCGUGUGCCAGAGCGCACACUUACCAUUGAGCAGAGGGCAAGCCAGCUGGCUGCCCUCCUGGAGCAAAGGCCAACAACCAGGCAUCAGCCAGAGGCCGAGCGAUCUCGUCGAUCUGUUGUUGAGCAGUGGGAGCUCUCCUGUAGCCUCCGCUCUUCCAGCCGCCCUUCUUCUCCCUCAUCUGACUCCCUCAGACAGAAGUAUAUAAAGAUGUAUACAGGUGGCGUGAGCUCAUUGGCUGAGCAGAUAGCCAAUCAGCUUCAAAGGAAAGAACAGUCUAAAACCCUUCUAGACAAGAAGGAACUGGGUUCAUUAAAAAAAGAAUUCCCCCCAAACUUGGGAGGCAGCGACGUCUGUUACUUCUGCCACAAGCGUGUCUACGUGAUGGAAAGACUGAGUGCCGAAGGCAAGUUCUUCCACCGCAGCUGCUUCAAGUGUGAAUACUGUGCCACCACUCUGCGUUUAUCAUCUUAUGCCUAUGACCUGGUGGAUGGAAAAUUCUACUGCAAACCUCACUACUGUUACAGACUUUCAGGUUAUGCACAGAGGAAGAGACCAGCAGUGGGUCCUCUGUCUGGAAAGGACAACAAAGGGACCCAGCAGGACAGCAUGGCAGCUGAUGGGGCCGGACGUGCAAAUUCCAUCUCAACGUCAUCAGAGAGGACCCCAGCUCCCAAUGUCAAUGGCCUAGAGGAACCCAGUCUUGCCAAGAGACUGCGUGGCACACCGGAGCGGAUCGAAUUGGAGAAUUACCGGCUCUCGGUGCAACGGGAAGAAGAAUUGGAAGAGGUUCCCGAGGAGACGUUGGCAGAGCAUAACCUAAGCAGUGUGCUAGACAAAGGAACAGAAGAGGAUGUACCCAGCAGUAGUUCAGAAUCUGAGAUGGAGGAGGAGGAAGAGGAGGAAGAGGAAGGGCAGCCUCAACAACCCUCCUCGGACCUGGGUGGUGUGCCUUGGAAAGAGGCUGUGCGGAUACAUGCCAUGCUAAAGGGCAAGAGCGAGGAGGAGCUGGAGGCUGAGAAAAACCAUGACCAUGAAGAGGAGGAGGAGGAGGAGGAAGAGGAGGACGAGGAAGAGGAAAGAGAGGAGGAAGAGGAAGAAGCCUCUAGUGAAGAGGGAGAGUAUUACCCUUGGGAGAGAGAACUUCAACAAGGCCUUUGGCUUCAGCGUCUCUCAAACGAAGAGGACACGGGUACAUUUAAAGCUGGAAACCUGAGGCUGCAGCAGAUAGUAAAUCCGAUUGAUCCCCUGGAGAUCUUGGCAGAUGUGCAUUGGACACACAUCCGUCAGAAAGAGGAGGAGGAAAAAGUGGGCCCUACUUCUAAGUCCUCCACCUCCAGAGCAUCUGACCUUCCCUCCAUACGCCACGAGGCAGUGCAGGCGUGGCUGGAUGCAGUCCCAGGAGCCCUGUGUGAGGAGAAUGACUAUGAGGAGGAGGUGGGCACCGAGCCUGCAGAAGCUUUUGAAGAUGGGGACACGGGUGCAGAGCUGGACGAUGAUGACAUCCCAUCUGAUGCAGAAGCCGAGUGUCGUCUGCAUCAAGAAGAGGAGAAAGAGCUGGAGCUGAAAGUCUCUGAAGACCAGGAGGCAGAGGCAGCGGCAGCUGCCCCUUGCAUUGUGACAGAAGAUCCCUGCAAGCCUUGUCUGCCAGUUGAAUCACCACGCGAGAAGGCUGUUCUUCUUUCACCAGCUGGUAACCACAAUGAAGCAGAAAAAGAGGACUCAAAGGAGCCUCUCGCAACAGGAGCCUGCAAUGAGGGAUCCUCAGAUUCACGUUUUUUCCCUGAGCCGUUCCUCCUGGAAGAGGAGAAACAAGACAAGAUCCUCAAUGAUCAAGAAGUCCAAAGCCCACCUGCACUGCUCUCUCCAAUACGGUCCCAGCCAGUUGCACUGCCUGAGGCCAUCACGCCGACAUCACCUAUGAAAUUGCAUCCAGCAACACCCACCACAUCUCCAUCUCCAGCUGCUGCUCCCUUGCCUAUUUGUUCACAGCCUUUGCCUUCUGGUGAAGCAUCUGCUCCAUCUCCAGGGGAGCCGCCAGUGUGUUUUCAACCUGUCCCAGCCUUAACCUCCACUCCUUUGGCCAAACUUGCCCUAAAGAGUCAAGAGGGAGAAGUGGACAAACUGGGGAGCCCUACCACGGCAGAAGAAGCUUUGAAAAGGAAUAACCUUGUGGAGGAGUUCUGGAUGAAGAGUGCCGAAAUCCGGAGAAGUUUGGGUCUCACCCCUGUGAACAGAAGCAGAGGGUCAGAGCCCAGCUUUACCAUCUCGGCCCUCGAGUCUGCCCCUCUGAAAUCCUACACUCCUGAGGGGAUUCCAGAAGAAAAGGGGAUCCACCUUAUAAAACCCCAGCCAGCCCCGAGGAAGCCAGUCACACCCAAGUUAGACCAUGAGCAGUUUUCUUUACUGACACCAAAGUCCCCAUCAGAGAAGGAGCUGAAAAACUCAAGUGAUGUUAAGAGAGACCUGUCCAGCAGUUCGGGGCUGGGUCUUCAGGGCAGUUCAUCCAACAUGAGGACAUUGGCCAGCCAGAGCUUCAACACAUCCGAUUCCACUAUGCUCACCCCUCCCUCCAGCCCUCCCCCUCCACCCCCUCAAAAUGAAGAGCCAGCAACACUGCGAAGAAAAAGGCACCAAGCCACUUGGCAGAAUGAGGCAGAGUCAAAUCCGGCAUCUAUGCAAACACCUCACCCGCCACCAGCAAACGAACGGAUCCGGCCAGCCAGGGAGUCAUCCCAGCCCCCCAGAGAGGAGGUGAGGAAGUCGUUUGUGGAGAGCGUGGAUGAGAUACCGUUUGCUGAUGACGUAGAGGACACUUAUGACGAGAGGACUGAGGAUACAAGCCUUCAUGAAAAGUAUUACACGCCCCCCAGCAGGCCACGGCCAGAGAAGCCUCUUCACCUACAUUUGGUCAAAGAAAACGGUGGGCCACCCUCCAUGGAAGGAGGAAGCCAGCAAAAGAGAGGCCUUCUUCAAGUCUCAGCAGAAGCCAAGGAGUUGGCUGAGGAAAGAAUGAGGGCCCGAGAGAAGUCUGUCAAGAGCCAGGCCUUGCGCGAUGCCAUGGUAAAGCAGCUCUGCAGGAUGAAAGAUCCAGAGGUGCCUGGUGCUGCUGUCAAAUUGUGCAAAGCCUCUACCAUGCCCUCAAAGACCAAAGAGCUGUUUUUCGAGUCCCCAAAGCAUUUGGCUACGAAAGCCAGCGAAGGCCCCACGCUGAAGCACGAGGCUAGUGGCGAAAGGUUCUUCUCGCCCUUUGCGGACGCCAGUGGACGCGAUGGGUCAGUUACCUCUUCGGAAGGUUCCGGAGGGAAAAGUAAGAAAAGGACUUCUCUCUUCUCCCCCCGUAAGAACAAGAAGGAGAAGAAGUCCAAGAACGACAGCAAGCUUUCUGACAAAUCCAGCAGCGCCGCCGAGGAAGUCACCAAGCCCAAAUCGCUGUGGAAAUCUGUAUUCUCUGGUUAUAAGAAGGACAAGAAGAAAAAGACGGAUGACAAAUCAUGCCCUAGUACGCCCUCCAGCGAGGCCACAGUGGAUUCAGGGAAACAUAAGGCGUCUCCGCUAAUUAGAGCAGCAGAUUUGCAACUGCGUCGACAUUUGAGCUUCUCCGAGGACUCCGACCUCUCCAAUGAUGACGUCUUGGAACGCUCUUCGCAGAGAUCCAAGCGAGAGUCGAUUUACGUCCCACACGCCUUGGCAUUCAAGAGAUCAUACGCAUCAAAGAAAGCAUACACAGAAGAUGAGCUCAACGCCAAACUGACCAGGCGAGUGCAGAAAGCUGCUCGCCGUCAAGCCAAGCAGGAGGAGCUGAAGAGGUUACACAGGGCCCAGAUUAUCCAACGACAGCUGGAGCAGGUAGAAGAGAAGCAAAGACAGCUGGAAGAGAGAGGAGUUGCUGUUGAGAAAGCCCUCAGGGGGGAAGCAGACUAUUGGGGAGAGUCUUAUUACAGUGACCUCAUCGACUUGCACCUGGGUGUUGAGCCCAAUGCCGGGACACCACGCCGUAGACCUCUCUCCUUCUGCCCUUGCUGUGCCCACGAAGGCAUGGGGAAGAAAGAUGACCCCAAGCUGAUGCAAGAGUGGUUCAAACUGGUGCAGGAGAAGAAUGCUUUGGUGCGCUAUGAGUCGGAGCUGAUGAUAUUUGCUCGGGAGUUGGAGCUGGAGGACAGGCAAAGCCGGUUACAACAAGAGCUUCGGGAGAGGAUGGCAAUCGAAGAUCACUUAAAGACAGAUGAAGAGCUGUCAGAAGAGAAACGGAUCCUGAACGAAAUGCUAGAGGUGGUGGAGCAGAGGGAUUCUCUCGUGGCCCUCCUUGAAGAGCAGCGACUCCGGGAGAAAGAAGAAGACAAGGACCUGGAGGCCGUCAUGCUGUCCAAAGGAUUCAGCUUAAACUGGUCCUGAGUUUAGCACUACAUUCGAUUGCUGAUCUGCGUGAUCCAGUUGGCGUAUGCUAAGCUGGCCAGAGCUGCCUGGAUGGAGGAGACGUCUUUGGUGCAGGAGACCCUUGAAGGCUCCUGCAGCACUUGAGCCCGGAGCUUCUUACUAAGAGGGUUUAGUCCUAAAGGUGCUGAGUCCUGCGUGUGUUCUGCAAACCCAAGCCUGAGGGGGUGACCUGAGGUUGCGUGCCUUCCUCAAGGACCUGUGCAAGAGGCCAUUGAGUUUUUGCGUUCUCUGAGAGAGGUUAAAAAAAAAGAGAUGAAAAUAUUUUGUU